AUGUUACACCGUUUGUGAGUUUUUUGCGGGAAUGUGUGUAUUUUGUAAAUAAAAAUCCUGCAUCAUAAUGACCACUUCAAUUGAUACAAACUCGCAGACGAUUUCAGACGUAAAACACUGCCAUCUUUUACCAUGUGAAAUACAGUACAGUGGAGAUGCAAAUGUUGCCAGUUAUUUCCAGUCAUCAAUUAGAAGUGACGAGAAUAAGGGACUGACAGCAUGCAUUCGUGGCAGACCACUAAAUGGACAAGAAGUUGAGCUACCAAGAGGAUAUACAGGAAUUAUUCUGAAGGAAAACCACCGCCAGGUGACUGAAGAUGAUGACCGUCACUUGAUUGCGACUCACAAGUUUGAGAAGUUCACGUACUGGAAUCUGGACAAAGUGCCCAGUGCAGAUGAUAGAUUAGUAAAAGCACUACACUGGAUUAAUAUUGCUAAAGUGCUUCAUCGUCCUGUUGAUGAAGAAAGCAGUCAGAAAAGUGUAACUGGAAAAUAAUGUCUGAUCAGAGUGUAAAUUUCAUGAGACAACACUUCUGCCUAUGGAGUAUUGGGGAAUAAACCCCUCAUGGCUGGCUUAAGUUUGAUGAAUAACAAUUAAAUGGGCAAGAUCUACAAACAUAAACAUGUUUUUUUAAGAAGUCUGUGGAAUAUUAGGGAAUAAACCCCUUUGAACUGUUGCCUGGCUUAAGCUUGAUGAAUUAAAAGGGCAAUAUCUACAAACAUAAAUAUGAUUUUUUAAGAAGUGAAUAAUGUUCAUAUUAUAUGUUGAUAUUUCUCUUCAGACUAAAUGGGGAACGCACCAUUUUAUGUCUUGUAAGGAAUAUAAAUGUUUUUUUGUUUCAUGUGGAGAAUAAUUUUGUACUUCAAAUAAAUAUUUCUGCAUCUUG